UCCAAUAAUGGAGCCCCUGCGCUAUAGAAUGAAACUCUUAUUUAAGUUAAUUUUAUUCCUUUGGCUGGAGCUAGCGAGCAGUACGACCUUACCAGAAGUGCAGCAGGCACUUGAAAUCGAUGUUCAGAUCAGAGCUGAAUUGGAAAGUAUCAGAGGGUUUGCUAACGGCAAUCAGCAAUUCAUGGCUUGGCAUAAAUUUCUGAUGGAUUCAUUACAUCUGGGUUCCACACAAAAUCAAGACAAGCUCGCGAAUCUACACGCAUUCCAAAAGUAUAACAAGGAAAGAUUAGCUCUGGAGACUACACUGCUCUCGUAUUGCAAUAGUCUCCAAGGGAAGAUUAGGGGAUACUGCUAUAAAUACUAUAGAAUACUGCGAGACGAAUGUGUUAUGUAUCUCCAAAAAAAAAACUCAUCAAAAGCAGCAAUGAUCAAGAAAAUUAAGGAAUCAAGAUGUAGUCAUAUUCAAUCUGGCAAAGAGGCGGACUAUGGAUAUGGAUCUCGUAGAAACUAACUUGGUAACUGAUCGUAACCAUCCUAAUGAAGAAUUUGCCAUACUUAUAAAUAUCAGAAUCAUUAUACAUAUAUAUAUUCAUUUGCUAAAAGUAUUAUUUUGUAUUUAUUUUCCUUGAACAAAAUUGGAUUUUUGCGAAUGGUA